AUAACCACGUGGGGGAGUGGACGGUCAGAUCCAGCAUCAAUGUUCCGGGGCUCGAGGGAUUUCUCGCCUUCCCGACGCUUCGGCCCUCGGGCCCCCUCGCCUUUAUAAUGCUCUAGAAUUCCACUUCACUUCCCUUUACCGUCUCCAUCAUCAGCCAAGUCUCUCUCUUUUCUAGAACAGUGCUAAGCUUUCCUUGGUGAAAUUCUUCAAGAGUCAUUCUUCCAGCGAUCUUGCAGUCCUCCGAGGUUAGUUUCGUUCUUUUUACUUUCGGCAGGCUUCCAUUUACCCUCUUGUAGAUUCUUCUAUCACUUCCACCAUGGUUGUAGAUCUGGAUGUUCUUCGUAUGAGACUUAGACUUCCUGACAACAUCGAAGUUAGGGUUUGCCCCCAAGACGUUAACAUUACGACCGGCGCCGGCCUCCUGCCCGGCGAAGUCUUAUUCACGAACCUUCAAUUGAAUGUUGUUAGGUUCCCUCUGCACCCUUUCUUUAGUUAUGUCUUCAAUAGAUUGGGGAUAUCCCCUCUGCAGGUCAACCCCAACUUCUUUAGAAUCAUAUCUGUUAUGCUCUUGUUGAUGCGUGACAGAAAUCUGGACCUCGACCUCAUAGACCUCCUUCUGUGCUAUAAGGUGAGUAAGAUCCGUAUUAACGAGCCCUUCUACCACCUCUACCCGUUCGAGAAGAUGUCCAUAUGUACUGACACAAUAAAAUCUGAAAAGGGUUGGAGGGAUAGCAUAGUGGGCAUUAGUGGGGCUUGGUCUUCGCCGGCUGCAGAGGGUUACCCAAUCCCGAGCGCCUUUGGUGUCUGCUCUGUCUCCUCCUAUAAAAAAUUCAAAUCCCAUAAACAUGACUGCCCCUGUGAAACAUGCGUUCCUCGUUUUUGCACUUACUUAUGCCGCUCCUUGGGAAUACCUUGUGAUGACUUGAGCUAUAGUGUUUGCAGGGAUAGGAGUAACUACUUGAAGAGAUACGUUCUGAACGAUAUUCCUUCCUGCUCAGAUCUCCUCACUUCAGACAACCUCUUAGCGCUAUCAUCACUCGGCUACAACAUGAGCAGACUUCAGAUUCCCUCUUUUGGCAGGAGGAAAAAUACUCCCCCAGCCACUCCUGCUGCUGGGGCGACCUCCUCUCCAGCGUCAGCUUCUUCUUCAGCCACCAUAUCUGACACUGUCCCGAGCGCAGUGGCUACUAACCCUGUUGCCAGCGCCCCUGCUGCCAACCAGAACGCGCCCUCCCCAGCUACCAUAGCUCCUGCUGCUGCGGGGGGCGGUCGGGACAAAGAACGAGGCAAAAGGCCUCAUCCUGACAGUGAAAUCGAUCCUGAGGAGGAGCCUCUCAUUAGAAGGACCCGGGUCUCUGGGCCGGGUACUCUCUUGCACCGAGCGAUCAGAGCUCCUUCUCCCUCUGGGCCUCCUGCAGCUGGUGGCUCUGCUUCUGCUUCAGGCCCCCCUUCUAUCCCCAGCUUACCGCCAUGGGCCCCUCGGUACACCCGAACGGAUGGGACGUUCGUGAAACCGAACGAGACCAUGCUGAAGGAUGGCCAGACCGCUAUGGCCUACUACAGGAGCAUGUGGACUCCGAAGGACCUUGAGGCGGCAAAGGGCCUUUCCCAGAAGGACGUGUUCAGUCGCUUUCCCCAAUCUGCUAUGGAGACAUUGUUCGGGAUGAUGGCCAUGCAGAAGCAGGUGGAGAUGGGGAACGCCAGGGCCCGAAAGUAUUCUGACAGCCUGGAGGUGGCUAAUAAAGAAAACGACCUCCUUGCCAUGAAGAAUACCGAGGUGCUGGUUCGGCUUGACAAAGCCGAGCAAGAGAGAGAUGUCCUGAAGAAGGAGAAUGAUUCCCUUCAGGAUGAGAAGGACGCCCUCCAGCUUGAGAAGAGCGUCUGGCAGACUGAGCGGGAAUCAAUUAGAGAAGAGAAGGCAGAACUCCAGCGCCUUCUAGCUGAUGAACAGUCUGCUCGGAUGGCUUUUGAAAAAAGAGCUCUGGACGAGCGUACCGCUCUGAUCGACGCGAUCAGCAGAGUGGGUGGUGGGAUGCUGGCCCUUCACGCUCGGUUCUCCAGGGUCGGUGCUCUUCGGUAUGCUCAAGGAUUCCGGGAAGGUUUCGCCGACCGGGUUCCGGAUGAGGGACAGACCAGCUCCACUCCGGAUGAGGUAGACAAGGAUCUGGGGAUCGAACCUCUGGGGGUCUAUGUCGACCCAGAACCCACCGAAGCGGAACGUAUAUUUGAUGAGUGCCAGGACAUCGCAUCCUCAAGGAUCAUCACAGCUCCUCCUACCGCUCUGCCACUGACCGCUCCCCAAUCGUCAACCGUGGUUCCUUCUAUAGCCACUGCUGACGCUGAACCCCAGCCGAACGAUUCAGUCAUUCACCUUGAUUCCCCACCUCAUGAAGGUGAGGCGGCUGAUGGGGCCGAGGAGGCGAGUCGGCACGACCAGGAUGCUGUUGGUACUGAGGCGUCUAGCUAGGGCUCCUUCGAAUUCUUCUAUUUCAUAUCUUCUUGUAAUGAUGGACAUCUCUCUUUUGUAAACUCAAUGUUCAAUAUUAAUGAAAUGA